UCUCUGCUGUGUUAGAGAUCGCUUCAUUCAUUCAUCAUGUCUCAAACAAAUCAGCCUAAUAAGAUCUUUGUUGGGAAUUUAACAUGGAGAACAACAUCAGAGGAUUUGAAAACACACUUCGAACAAUUCGGAGAAGUGAUUGAUGCUAACGUUGUUUGUGAAACUUAUCCUGUACGAUCCAAAGGCUAUGGUUUUGUUACUUUUAAAGAGACAGAGUCUGCUGUUAGAGCUCUAGAAAAUCCGACCCCGGUCAUUGAUGAGAGAACAACCAAUUGCAAUUUGGCUACUCGUGGUGGUGCAAAGAAAAACAUGAACCUUCCUAACCAAAAUGGAUCGUUAAAUCAGGUGAGACCACCACAUCAAUAUCAGCAACCACCUCCAUUUUGUCUUCCCCCUGUCUGGCCGGAUACGGUUAGAGGAUGCUAUCUCUACUCGUUUCACAAUCCAUACACGUAUAGUCCAUAUUAUAAUUUUUACCCAACACCAACACCAACACGAACAGACAUGUGGCAUCAGCCAAACCCACGACAUGCCGUCACUUUUUCAAAUCAGAGAUCAUCGUUUCGAUGUGUUGAAGUUAACAAUGAAACUGAUGGAGAAGCUGUAUCUCAAAGAUCAUCGGUUCGGAUUGAAAGUGUUAGCGAAACUGAUCAGAAAAUUAUCGCGGAUGCUGCGCACCAUGACAAUGAAGAGGCGGUUACAAAACCAGAUGUUGAUCAACAAACGGUAGAAAGCAUGUGUGAACAAAGACAUGACACCAAACAAGACGAAGAUGUAACAAUAGAGCUUGACAACGGAAUUGAGGUUACACACCAAGACGAGAGAGUCGUUGAAUAUGUAGUUGAAGAAACUCCAUAA